AUGUCCCUCUCCCAACCGACGCCCCCGCUCCUUCUGACAAAACGCCUCACGGCCUUCCUCGCCUCCAACCUCAACGCCCACCUGCACACGGCUCUGCUCGCGACCCCCUCCGGCCGCCUCCUCGCCCACGCCUCCCCGGAACCCGUCUCCCUCCUCCGCACCCAGGCCACCGUCGCCUCCUCCCUCUUCGCCCUGCACGCCUCCGCCGCCCCCGACAUCCCCGACGCGCUCCCCGGCUCCUCUUCGUCGUCCCCGCCGCCUCCGCCCCCAGCCAACCCCACGACCACGAGCGCGACCCCCGCCGCCCCCGCCGCUGCCAACACCGCAGAAGCCGCAGCAGGGAAGCCGCUGACCAUCACGGUCCAGCUCGCCGGCGGCGUGGUCGUCGUCCGCCGUCUGCGGUGCGGCCUGCUCUUCGUCUGCAUAGGGCCCCUCGCCGAGUCCAUCGACCCCAACCACGCCCCCGAACCCCCCCACCACCAUCACCACACCCAGUCCGCGACGUCCCACGCGCACCACGCACACCACCACCACCCCAACGGCGGCGGCGUCGCCACGCCCUCCCUUGCGCCCGCCUCCCCCUCCGAGGCCGACAGCAUUCUCAGCGUCGGCGCCCAGACGACGACGAGCCUCGCGAGCGUCGGAAGCGUCAACACGGCCGGCGUCGUGGUCCUGCGCCGGCACGCCGAGGAGCUCGCGCGCUGGCUGGACGACAAGCUCGGCAGCCUGCGGGUUCCCGAGGAGGGCGUCGGCGUCGAAUGA